UGCCUGUUUUACAUUACUUCCGCGUUUUCUGUGACGUCCUUUCCGGUCGAACCUCUCAACAUGGACGCCAGCCGCGUGCAGCCGAUUAAGCUCGCAAGAGUUACAAGAGUACUUGGGAGAACUGGCUCCCAGGGACAAUGUACACAGGUCCGUGUUGAGUUCAUGGACGACAGCAACCGUUCAAUCAUCAGGAACGUGAAGGGCCCCGUCAGGGAAGGAGAUGUGCUGACGCUUUUGGAGUCUGAAAGAGAAGCCAGGAGGCUGCGAUAGAGCCUACUGAAGUGAUGCUGCUGACCAAAAGCCAUUGAAGCGGACGACUUAGUCAAGUUUCACUAGCCAAGGCCGACAUCUCACUUGUUGGAAUGUUUUUCAAAUAAAUGUGGCAAUUGAGAGAA